UUGAUCGUCAACUUUAUGAUGUAAACACAACACAAAGAAAUCAAUAUUUUGUAAUAUUUUUUUAGAUUUCCUCUUUAUUUGUUAGCUAUGGAAUUUAAAGCUAAAGAAAAAUUUGUUGACCAUGAUCAAAAAUAUAUAGAGAGUCAGCUGUUCACAUCAAUAGAUCUUGAACAGUUCAAAAAUGAACCAGAUAAUAACCAUGAUAACUCAGCAAUGGAAAUUAAAGUGAAAGCUGAAUUUAAAAAAGAAUUUGUUCAAGACGACCAAGGAUAUAUAGAGAGUCAUAUGUUGACAUCCAUAGAUCUAGGAGACUUGAAAAAUGAAAUAGAUGAAGAUAACUCAGGGUUUUCCAAGAAGAAUGUAUUGGAAAGAAUGAAAACAUUACCUGAAACUUCAUGCAACAAAGAACAACAUAUAAGUCCAAAAUCUGAAGAAAAAACAUUUAAAAAUUCAAUUUUUUCUAAAAAUUGUUCUUACAAAAAGAAUUUAAAUAAAAAUACAACAGUUCUCUCUAGACAAGGACUUUAUCAACGUCAAAUAUAUUCCAAGCAAUUUUCUCAAAAAUAUCGUUUAGAGCGUGUCAUGUAUAAGUGUGGAAUUUGUUGUAAGCAAUUUGCAAGUGGAAAGUGUUUAGAUGAACAUAUAAAAAUUCACGCUACAGAAAACGCUUAUAAAUGUGAAAUUUGUUUGAAGCAGUUUCGUGGAGCAACUAAUUUAAAAACACAUAUGAGAGUGCACACUGGAGAAAAACCGUAUAAGUGUGGAAUUUGUUUGAAGCAGUUUAGUCAACCAAGUAGUUUGAAAACACAUUCGAGAGUACACACUGGAGAGAAACCUUACAAGUGUGACAUUUGUUUUAAGCAGUUUACUCAACCAAUUAGUUUGAAAUCACAUUCGAGAAUACACACUGGAGAGAAACCUUACAAGUGUGAAAUUUGUUUAAAGCAGUUUACUCAACCAAGUAGUUUGAAAUCACAUUCGAGAAUACACACUGGAGAGAAACCUUACAAGUGUGAAAUUUGUUUUAAACAAUUUAGUCAGUUAUCAUAUUCAAAAAAGCAUUUGGCAGUGCACACUGAAAAAUAAACUUGUAUAGUUUAUGAGAGAAAUAGUUCAAAGAUCCGGCUCAGAUUAGUGAACUAAAUGAACUAGUUCGCCGGAGUUGGCUUAAACCGCUAAGUUGUUUAGAGUUUCUCGUUUCGUUCAUAAUUGAGAAGAGGUUGAAUUUCGAUUUCGAAUCUUCCGAGCUGGGUUGCUAUAUUAAACGAAUUAUCGUGUAAUUACACGAUUUGUUCCUAUUUUACACGAAUCAAGUAUGAAAUCUUGAUUUUUACCAUUAAACAAAAAAUUAAAUUUUAGGAAAUAAUAAUUAAAAUUAUUAUAAUAUUUAAUAGCCCAAUAAAUGACCGUUUUGGAGUGUAAUUUUCAGGGGCAACUCCGAAUUGCAUGAAAAUUUGGAUUUAGGUUCUACUUACCCUCCACUUCAAAGUUGAAUUUGUCCCAUUGUUGACAGUCACCCCUUCUCAGGAGGUAAAAACGCGUGUUUAAAAUAAGCCCGGAAAUGGAUAAAUUGACCGAUUAUAAGCAACUUUAGUUCUAUAGUUUUUUACGUAAGUUAAUACUUUUCGCGUUAUUCGCAAUUGAAAAUGUUGAUUUUUCGACAAUGAAACUACGUUUUCAGACAGAUUUUUCACAAAUAACUCUAAAAGUAAAUAUUUUAUCGAAAAAAAUAUUCUAAGCAAAAGUGUAGCUUAUAAAAAAACAAAAAAAAAAUGGUUUAUCAGUAAAGUCUAUAAAUUGAGAAAAAGCAAAGUUGUAGCUCAUGAAAAAUACGUUCUUAUUCGUCUAAUUCCAAAUUGAAUAAGUCAACGCGAAAUCACCGAAAAAUUAAACACUUUUCGGGAAAAGCUUAUUAACAUUUUUAAAGUACCUAAAAAAAGAUUUAUAUUUGUUUAUUACAAAAGUUUCUAUCACGAAAAAUAAACUAGUUACACUGAAAAAAAAGUUAGUCCCUUUUUUUGGUAAAAAAAAAUUGUGAAAAACUCCCUCUAUUUAGCACCCUAAAUAAAAUUAAUCGUUACCGCUUUACCAUUUAUUUUAACUGUAUGUAUAUUAGUAUGGUAUAGUUAGACCCAAACCCAGACAUCCAAGUGAAAGUUAUCCUCCAACACCAAAUUGUUCUAUAUGGUCCACAUAAUGUUCAGAAAAAAGUCACACCAUUUUGAGC